AUAAAUAUAGGGGAGGGUAUGGAGAACACAAAGACAUAAUUGAUGAUCACAAAGAGUCAGUGAUGAAAACAAAGAAAAGCAAACAACUAAUUCACCUCUUUCCUGAAGAGCUGCUGCUGAUGCCAUUUUAGUUGUCCUAUCUGCUCUAUUCAUCCAUCAUUUUUCUUGCACACCAAACACCACCCCAACCACCAUUUUUAAGACCUCCAAGAUCCAUUUUCUUUCUGAUCUCCAUUCCUUCCCACAUCCCAAACAAUUCUCAUCAACAUCAAAAUGGGGAAAUCAUCAACCAAGAUCAUCAGGACAUCCAUUUUUUCCUUCUUACAAAACUUUCACUACUUCACCUCAGCUCCACCCCUCCUCGCCUUCCCUUACGCCGCCUCGGCUCUUCUCUCCCAAUCCAUCAUUACGUCCUCGCCGCUUCUUCCAUUGGCCCGUGCUCGCCUGAUGGCCCUUUUUCUCGCUGCAGGAUUCCCCCCCUCCUCCCGCCUCUUCGCCUUUCUCAACCUCAGCCUCUCCCAAAGUGUUCUUACAUCCCUCCUCGUCUCUCCUUUUAGUCUCUCGUUUCUCCUACUCUCUAAGGGCUCUGUUAUCUCCGCCCUCAGUUGCUGCAAAUUUAAACAGGCCGAGCAAUCAUCGGCGUCGUAUUGGAUUUCGAUUUUCAAUGCUCUUUUCAUCACUCAGCUCUGCAGCACAUUAGUCAUACUUGCAGCCAAUGCUGUAUGCUUCUUCACUGCAUCUUUGUUAUUCAAUUUUUUCGACAUUGUAGGAUUUUAUUCUCCGGGACCGUUGCUGUUCCUUUCGGCCGUAGUUUACUCCAUCAUUCUCGCCAAUGCCUACAUCGUAUGUAGCUUGGCGUUGGUGCAGUCAGGAAUGGAGAGGCGCGGUGGCUUUAUAUCAAUCCUCAAGGCGUGUGUCAUGAUCCAGGGAAGAAUUGUGACUGCACUAACAUUAGCUAUGUCUGUCAACACAGCCCUGAUUGCAGUCGAAGCGCUGUUCCAGUACCGUGUUGUCAGAUCUUAUCGGCGGAUUGGAUCUCCCACUACAACCAUUUUUCUGGAGGGGAUGUUCAUCUCCUACCUGUACGCUCUGCUGCUCGUUCUUGAAACAGUUUUUGGCUGCGUGUUCUGGAGUAGCUGCAAAAAAGAUCAUCGGAUCAAUCAGGAGAAUAUGUAUCAACACCAUAUAGAGAUCGGGGAGACAAAUGGCAAGUCCUGUGCAGAAACAGAGGCCUUAGAUCUUCUUCCAUGAAUUCUUUUUCUCAGCUGAGACAGUAUAUAUAAAAGUUUGUAAAUUCUAUGCUUCAUAUACUAUUGACACAGAAAUGUUCAUAAAAAAGUUCAAAUUCUCUGGAGAGUUAAUCAAAUAGGUUUUCCUGGUGUUCGAUACAGAAAUGAUAAACAAACAAGAUUGGUUUGUCAUAUAUACAAAGUAAAUGUCAUCCAAGUUUGUGGAAACUACAUCCCCAAAACAGCA